GGAGAAAAGAAAUCAUAUUCCGAAAAUGAAGUUCCUCGUUGCUUUCUCUGCCGUUCUGGUCGUCGCUAUGGCUCAACAGUAUGAGCACCCAUACGAUAUUAUCUACAACAACUUUGACGAGCUUCCCGAGUCUUACGUGGAUUCAGAGCAGGGGCUGCGGUUCCGUAGGGACAUAACUUUUGAUCGCAACAUUGAUAACGGCCGUGUGUUCGGCACCCUCGGAUCAACCGAUGACGGAUUAUUUGGUCGCGCAGGCGUAGAGCGCCACAUAUUCAACGACGCGCGCGGGCGGCUGGACGCGCAGGCGCACGGCACGCGCACGCUGGGCCCGGCCGGCGGCACCAGCGCGCUGGGCGGCUCGCUCAACUGGCGCAACGACAACGCUAACGCCGCGCUGGAUGUCAGCAAGCAGAUAGGGGGCUCCACCUCCUGGUCCGCGGCCGGAGGCGGGCGUUGGCCUAUCGGCAAGAACGGCGAUUUCGGCGUUGACGGCACCUUCAGCCGCAUCAACGGACUAAAGGACUACGGCGCACGCGGUGUCUUUAACUAUCGCUUCUGA